CCUUGGGGCCCUUCGCUGUUCCCUGCCGGAGGAUUCUCAGAGGCACACCGCCUUCCUAGGAGAUAAUUUCUCAGAUCCCCCGAAUGUGAAGAAGAUGCGAAGUUAACAUAAAUAGGAAGUCUUUUAUUUUUUGAAAAGCAACCACCGGAGGGAUCGGAGGCUCAAUUACGGGAAAACCUGAGGCCUAAAUCAGCGCCUGACAGACGAAUGCUCUGGGGCCUAGUCCUCGGGUUGGCCCGGGGGCUGCGCGCACAGUGGAGUCUGCCUGCGUUAGUCCUGGGCCCCGAGGCUUAGGCACCAGGAUACUGGGGAGCGGUCGGCCCAGGACUCAGUGUCCGGGAUGAGAGUGGGAUCCGCCAGCCGAGGGUCUGUAGGAGAAUGAGGAGGAGUCAGGGCUCUGGGCCGCCCUCUUCGCGUAGCCUCUGGCUCGGCGAAGGGGCAGUAGGCCGCGCCCGCUCCUCAGGCCCCGCCGCCGGGGAGGGGUUUCCCGGGACGCGCCGGCCCCUUUCAUCCAGGAAGUGAAAGCGACGUCGGGGUCAAUGAAAAUAAACGGGGAACCCGGGGUGGAAGGAAGGCGGGCUAGAAGGAGGGAGCGCUCGGCAGCGGAAACGCGAACGGAAGGCCGGCCGGGGUCGCGAUUUUGCCGCCGCCUCCUCGGGGGCUAGCCCGGGGAUGUCUGAGGCCACGUCUCGCGGCCCCCGAGCUCCACGCAGCGGCCGCCGUCCGGGCCUUUGAGGGCCGCCACGUCCCUGCGGCGCGCGCGGCCUGAGGGCGGCUUGGUGCCGGCUGGGGGCGCCGGGGGCGGGGCCCGGGCGGGCGGGGAGGGGUUGCCCAGGCUCUGAGUUUCCCGCAUCACUUCGGCCGGCGCUGGGCCAGGAGGAUGCUCGGCGCAGGGCUGUGAAGCAUGGAGGGGGUUCUGUACAAGUGGACCAACUAUCUCACGGGUUGGCAGCCUCGUUGGUUUGUUUUAGAUAAUGGAAUCCUGUCCUACUAUGAUUCUCAAGAUGACGUUUGCAAAGGGAGCAAAGGAAGUAUAAAGAUGGCAGUUUGUGAAAUAAAAGUCCAUUCAGCUGACAACACGAGAAUGGAAUUAAUCAUUCCAGGAGAGCAGCAUUUCUACAUGAAGGCAGUGAAUGCAGCUGAGAGACAGAGGUGGCUGGUUGCUCUGGGCAGCUCCAAAGCCUGUUUGACUGACACAAGGACUAAAAAAGAAAAAGAAAUAAGUGAAACCAGUGAGUCUCUGAAAACCAAAAUGUCUGAACUUCGCCUCUACUGUGACCUCCUAAUGAAGCAAGUUCAUACGAUCCAAGAAUUUGUUCACCAUGAUGAGAGUCAUUCAUCUCUCAGCAUAGAGAACAUGAAUGAAGCCUCUUCUCUACUUAGUGCCACGUGUAAUACAUUCAUCACAACGCUUGAGGAAUGUGUGAAGAUAGCAAAUGCCAAGUUUAAACCCGAGAUGUUUCAGCUGUCCCAUCCGGAUCCCUUAGUUUCUCCUGUGUCACCUUCCCCUGUUCAAAUGAUGAAGCGUUCUGUCAGCCAUCCUGGUUCUUGCAGUACAGAGAGGAGUAGCCACUCUAUGAAAGAACCAAUGUCUACACUUCACCGACUCUCCCAGCGACGCCGAAGAACCUACUCAGAUACAGACUCUUGUAAUGAUGUUCCUCUUGAAGACCCAGAUAGACCUGUUCACUGUUCAAGAAAUACACUUAAUGGAGAUUUGGCAUCAGCAACCAUUCCUGAAGAAAGCAGAUUUAUGACCAAAAAAAAAUCUGAAUCAGAAGAUCCUCUUCUAUCCUUCUCUUCCUGAGGAAACAGAAGUGUCCAACUUCCGCCAAGUAUUGCUAUGCAAAAGCUGCUGUAAUUAAACUAUGUUAUAGGGAGUAGUUUUUCCCUUAGGAUUUCUCUGCACUUUAUAGAAUAUUGUAAAACAAACAAAAAAACAACCCACAUACCUUUGAAGUGUAUUUUAUCUUUAUAUAGUUUAUUUGCAAGAGUAUUUUCCUAAUAACUUCACAGUAUGAAUGUGCAUCUUUUUUUUUUUUUUUUAACAAAUGAUGGUGUAACAUUUCGACAUCCAUAAGGACAAAUGUAGAUAUUUUUCUAAAAAACUGUGAGGGACUGACAGCUUAGUCAGUGUGUAUUGUAGCUUAUAAACAUGAAAUCUUAUAAACCUAAGGUUUCAGUUUGACAGACGUGUGAUAAAUAUAUAACUUGUGCCAUGGACCAAAUGGUCACUUUACCCCAGCUGAAAUGAGUUAUGGUUGCAGCUUGAUGGUGUUUGUAUUAUAUUCCUUUAACCAAAAAGGAAACAUUUAAUAUUUGAGAUAUUUUUACCCCAAAUACUAUGACAUUGAGGAUUUUUAAAAAACCAGACUGUGCUGUCCUUCGUAUAUGAAGUUGACACUACUGAUUCAUCAAUACCAAAUGUUGUGUUAAAGUAUUUAAUUUUUACUUAUUUAUUUUUCUGUUGCAUCAAAAAAAAAAAAAGAUUGCAUCCUAACUUUUAUGACCUACCAAAUUUAAGAUGUGUGUGUAUUGUUAUUUACAUUGUUCUAGAAAGAAGUUAAUGUUGUAGUGACCUUGCUCACUUCACCAGAGAAAUAAAUGACUUGCAAUGGAAGAGGAUUUAGUGCUUUUUUUCCCAGAAUAGACAUUAUUAAGCUACUGUUGUAAGGUAUUGAUAUUUGCAGCUCUUUAGAAUAUCUCGACUUUUUUUAUUUAUGAGUAUUUAUAAAAAAAGGAAUCUGUCAAGGCGACUACCCUACGUAACUUGAGAAUGGCAUUAUUUAAAGAACAAAUAGCAUUUUUUAGUAGUGCCUGUCCAUGCCGUCAGUGUUUGCCUUGUAAACUGUUUUUUCAAUUCACUUUGGAGUGACGGUUUUGUCCAAGGUUUUAGAUGAGGAGCACUUUAAAACAAACUGGUUUGAUGUUUUUAAGUUAAUCAUAUGUUUAAUAAAUAUGUGGUUUUUGCAUUCAAACUCGUCAUAUAAUACAUUGUAUUUUUUACAUU